AUGAUUGCAAAAGAGCCAACGUCGGCUACCCUCGAGGAAAACCCUCCCCUGUAUCCAGACUACUUACCCCACUACGAUCCUUUAGAAAAGAUCCAGCCCGUUGGACCUUUUGAACACGUUGAUCCCGGCCAUCGCGCUGAUCCCGAAUUGCCGAAUCUACUCAAAGAUGCUACUAAGGUGUUUGAAUUAAGUCCACACUGUGGCACAGAAAUCCAGGGUGUUCAAAUUUCCGAUUUAUCACCCGAAGGACUUGAUGAACUCGCCUUGAUGUGCGCGCAACGCGGCUGCUUAGUAUUCCGUGACCAAAAGUAUACGGAUAUUGGAUUUGCAAAACAAAAGGAGAUUGCUAGACAUUUUGGACCCCUGCACAAGCACGGAUGGAUGCCGCAUCCCAAGGCAGCUGUCCAUUCCGCCGAGACAGAAGAGUUUGUGAUUGUCUACGACUCAAAAGAGAAGAGCCCUAUUCAGUUCCAUGUCGACCAGUCUCCGGAACUUCAGCCACCCGGUCUAACGUUCUUUUGCAUGUUGGAAUCACCACCCGGUGCUGGCGGAGACACUAUCAUUUCUAGUAUGACACGCGCUUUCGAAAGAUUGUCACCCUCAUUCCGUAAACGUCUCGAAGGCCUGAAUGCAAUUCACACAACGGCCAACCCAAUCGCACGCGAGCUGCGCGACAACGGCGAUCUCGCCGUUCUCCGACGGCCUAUAAGCAAGGCUGUUCACCCAGUCGUCACUGUUCACCCAGUCACCAAACAGAAGGCACUUUUCGUCAACUCGUCCUACACACAGCGAAUUGAUGGCUGGGACGAUGAAGAAUCGGACUACAUGCUCAAGUUCCUCUUCGACCACAUCAAUCGUGGCCAGGACUUUUGCUGCCGUGUGCGUUACGAACCUGGUACUGUAGUUGUGUGGGAUCAGCGUGUGACACAGCAUUCUCAAACCCUAGACUACCAGCCUGGAGCCAGGAGACAUGCGUUUAGAUUGACGCCUUUGGCUAAUGUUCCUAUUCCAGCAUUGGUGGAAGAGGAUGACGGGGAAUGUGCUAGAGAUGAAGGCAGAAUGCUCUUGAACCUUUGUUGA